CCAGUGAUUUAUCUUCAGAAACAAUAUAUUUAUGUUGUAUUUAAGAAGGCGUCCAUGUUUUGCAAUCCCCCAGAAUUAAUGGAAUACCUGAGAAAUGGACGAAACGCAUCAUAGCAAGUGAUUCUCACCAUCUGGCUAUCUUUGUACUACUAACAUCUCGCUACUAACCCUGUCCGUGGGUCUUGUUUUAGACACACGUUUUUCUCGCUCCGCCCCUACUUAGGUUACUACCAGUAACAAACCUUAACAGGUCUUCCCAGAAGUUGUUUGUUGGAUUUCUAAAUCGCACAGAAAUGGCAAAACCUAAGAACUGUCUCAAACGGAUUUUCAUCUUCUUCAACCUUCUGUUUGCGAUUGUCGGUGGUGUGGUAGCAAGCCUGGGCCUGGUGUGGCAUUUAUUCUACCAAAAAGAAAUUACCGAGUUAACCCUCGUCUUCGUGGUGGGAGGUGCCACCACAGCCUUGUCUCUUCUCGGGGCUUAUGGCGCGCACAGAGAGAAGAGCAUCCCCCUGAUUUUGUUUCUGGCAGCCUGUUGUGUAGCCUGCUUUGGACUCCUGCUUCUUACUGUUCCUGCAGCCAUUUAUCGUCCCCAGGUAGAGCAGGAGUUUGAAGAGAAGCUCCGUGCUGCGCCGCCUCUGUACACAGCCUCCCCUGAUAUCAGGGAGUUGGCUCAGAGUAUUCAGCGUUCGUUAAAAUGCUGUGGGCUGUUCAGUUACACCGAAUGGGGCCCCAAGAUCCCAGACUCCUGCCUCUGUCAGGCUGUAGAUGAUGAGAUUUCGGGCAAAUGCCAGGAUGUUCAGGACAGGUAUUUUGCCCUUCCUUUGAUGGGAUUUCACAAGCUGAUCUACAAGCAGACGUGCUUCCCCAUCCUUCAGUACUACAUGUCCAAGGGUUUCGACAUCAUUUUUGGCGUAUUGUUUGGAUUAGCAAGCCUGGCUCUCCUGGGAGUAGUGAUGUCAGCCAUCCUGUUGGCCCAGCUCAGGAGAUCAACUGCUGGGGUUUCUGUGGUGUUCAGUGUCAGUUCGUUGCCCUCCAAGCAGAAAAUCUGGUCUCCGCCUCCCAAAUACAGUGAGCUCUACAACCAGCCUGAGAACUAGAACAUUACAAUGAGCCGAAGACUGCAGCUGGGUCUUAGGUUCAGGGUAUAAUUUACGUUACUGGUUAGUGAACUAGUGUGGUUGAUAUUAUUCUUGUUGCUGUAGUCCACAUGGAGAAUUAGAAUGGCAAAAGUCUGCCAGACACUUUGACUCCCACAGCGCUGAAGACGGUUGAAUAGAGAUUUUAAUUCUUGUGAUUCUAUUUCUAUUGUUCACAUCUUCUGUGCCACACAGUCUUCACACUGUUCCUUUGUUUCUGCUGUUGCGCUACUUAGCUUUUUCACUGUCUAUGAAUCCCCUCUGAAAAUAUGCUACAUUCUUAGUUUAAUUUGCUUUGACAUUUAGGAUUUAGAACCAUGAUAAAUAUGCAGGUGUUUAUUAGUAAUAUUGUAUUUGCCAACAGUAAUUAACUGGCAGGGCAUUGUAAAGGGAGGAUAUCCUGAGUGUACCUCAGUGACACAAAGUAAAAGUAUCUUCCAUAUUUUCAUUUAGCUCCUUUUAAGAUUGCUGUCAUUUGGCGCAACGUACAGUAGAGAGUGAAUACAUUUUCCCACUUUGUUUUUAUUGGUACCACU